CUCAACUCUUACUGAAAAGACGAACUAGCAUUAAAUAAAAAGAGCUUUCACGAUUAGUAAAAUCAUUAAUUUUAUUAGUUUGUUCAUGAGCAGCUGAAUUAUUUAAAAAAUAGUUUCUGUUCUGGUUCAUAAUAGUUCACACUAUUUUUCUUUAAGUAUGUUGGUCUUUUUCACAUGUACUUCAUAUUUCCUACCAUCUUGUAUUGAUCCGUCUUUUCUUUCCUGACAUAAAGUGAAGAAAGAAUAAGUUCUGUUCAAAUCUUUGUUUCCUUGAGCAAUAAAACAUCACUUUCAUCUGUCAGAUCAAAGAUGCAGUGGAGUCUGUAUCUGCUUAUUCUGAUGGGUCAGUGUUGCUUCUUUACAUGCCGCCUGUAUGAGUACCACUUUAUUGCAGAAAACAAGAGCUGGUAUGAAGCACAGAGAUACUGCAGAGAGAAAUAUACAGACCUGGCCAAAGUGUUUGACAUGACAGACAUGAGCAGACUCCGUAACUCCACACAGAAUCAAGGAGAAGCCUGGAUUGGACUGAACAACAACACAGGUGGAAACAGGACGUGGCAUUGGUCUCUGCCAGGAGUGGAAUACAUUCAAAAUGACAGCAGCUGGAAUCUGAAUGGAAGAACUGAUAAAGAAAAGCCUGGAAACUGUGGGAGGAAAAGAGACAAGCUAGCAAAUGUUUCUUGUGACACUAAUAUGUGGUUCAUUUGCUACGAUGACAAAAAAACAUUUUAUUUGAUUGAGGAGAAGAAGAACUGGACACAGGCUCAGAGCUACUGCAGAUCCCAUUACACUGACUUUGCCAGUGGACUCAAUCAGGUAGAUGGAGAAGAAGUGAAGGGCCUGUGUAACAACUCUACCUUUAGUGCAUGGGUCGGUCUGUUCAGAGACAGGUGGAGGUGGUCAGAUGGGAGUAAUUUCUCUUUCAGAUACUGGGAUAUGCAGUUAUUCAAUGAUACACAAAGCAACAAGACAUGUGCUAUGACUCUGUUAAACAGAUCAGGAAAAUGGAGCUCUGAUGAAUGUGACAAAGAAAAACCCUUCUUCUGUUAUGAUGAUAAAUUGAUCCUGAUCAAUGUAAACAAGACCUGGGAGGAGGCCUUGGAUUACUGCAGAAAGAAUUACAGGGACCUGGUCUCCAUCACUAACCCUCAAGAGCAGGGAUGGGUCCAAGACAAAGCCAAGAACGCCUCGAGUCCUUUUGUCUGGCUCGGCCUGCGCUACUCCUGCACUCUGGGUCUGUGGUUCUGGAUCAAUGACCAGCUGGUCUGCUAUGAGAAGUGGAGCAAAAAUGGAACGACUGAAGAGUGUGACGUGGCUGUGGGCAUACAGAGUGGAGGACAGCAUGAGUGGUUCAGCCAGAGAAAAAAUGAGAUAUAA